CAAAAGCUCCCUCCCGGGGAGUGAUGGCGCCGCAGGGGGAGGGGAUUCCCAGGCGAUGGCAGCAGCAGCGUCGCCGGGUGACGGGAGUGCCGUACACCUCAGCAGCAGCAGUACAGGUGUAGAGCAGCCAGCACUACUACCGAUAACAACAGCUGCGUCGGUGUCGUCGUUAGCUCCAUCCUCGACAGCCGUCAGCAGCAGCAGCAGCCGUGGCGGCACUGGCAUUAGUCCCGCCGCUGCUGCUGCCAACACUCCAACAAGCAAGCCCAUUGCGCCGCCACCGCCGGCCAUCAACGGCCAACCACCUCAACAACCGCCAACCUCCAUCCUGCUACCACCCUACCCCUCUCCCUACCCUGCCUCCUCUUCCUCCGAAGACGAUGUAACACCCUCCACCGAAGACGACCACCAACCCCCCUCCUCCUCCUCCUCCUCCUCCUCCUCCUCCGGAGGACCCCCCCUGGUGGAUGUGGUGUUCAUUCACGGCAUCCGCGGCGGCCCCUUCAUCACCUGGCGCAAGGCGGGUGUGAUGACCCGCGGGUCGGCCGCCUCCCACAUGGAGCGAUCCGACUGCUGGCCCUCCACCUGGCUGGCGCGGGAGUUCCCGCGGGCGCGACUGCUCAGUGUGGAGUACCUGGCACCCGUGUCGGCAUGGGAGGGCGAGUCCCUGCCGCUUGAGGACAACGUGAGUCGCGUGAUGGGCCAGCUGGCGGCUGCGGGGGUGGGCACGGGGCAGCGGCCGGUGGUGUUCGUGGCGCACUCCAUGGGCGGACUGCUGGUGAAGGAGAUGAUGGCGCGGAGCGCCAGCCAGGCGGAGCAGGGCGACCCGCACGCCCGCCUGGCCCCCUCCACCUGCGGCAUCGUCUUCUACGGCACCCCCCACUUCGGAAACACCAUGGCGGCCAUGGGCUGGCGGCUGAGGCACCUGCCGGGGGCGCACCCCGCUCCCUCCUUGGCGCGACUCACGCCGGGCCCCCACUUGCUCGCUCUCAAUGACCAGCUCCGCGCCCUGCACGACUCCCGCGCCGGCGACCUGCGGGUGGUAUCCCUGCUGGAGGGGCAGCCCACGCAGCUGUCGGGCGUCAUCCCGCGCAUCCUCAUUGUGGAGCCGCAGUCCGCCUACCCGGGUUUCGGAGCCGCGAUGCUGCUGCCGGGCAAUGACCACAUCGACGUGUGCAAGCCGGCGGGGCGGGGGGCGCCGGCUUACCGAGUACUGCGGGAUGUAGUGCGACAUGCGAUGAUGCGGGCGGCGGAGGCGGAAGAGGAGGCUGGCAGGUAGGCAGGAGCUGGGAGGCGGAGGGCGAGGUGCAUGGCGUACACGUGAGUCGUGCAGUGAUGGCAGUGUAGGAGUAUGAAUCGCAACUCGGAUCGCAACUUGGAUGGUAACCCAGCGGGGUACCUCACAUGCUGGAGGUAUGCUUGGGCCGGAGCACGCGUGCUGUCACAGGUGUUUGCCACUGAGGUCGCAGGUUGGGGGUGUAUGUAGGUAUGUGUGGUUGAUUCGGUUGGUCUUGGGUGGGGAUGUUACAGCGUUGGCAGUUGGUGUAAGGAAGAGGAAGAACUGGACGAGGGGAAGGAAAAAGGAAAGAAGAAGGGAGGCAUGCUGCAUGCAUGCGUGUGCAGGCACACGUGCUGAGGUGGCGUGAACUGUGGUGGCGCGGCAGUUGUUGUUGCGAGCAGCUGUUAAAUGGGUAGUUGCUACGCAAGCCGAUAGCCAAACGAAGAAAUCGGUGCUGCGGUAUGUUUUUAAGAUUUCCUUUCUGCAAUUUUCUUAAGAUGUUUGUGUUGUGAGGGAGGUAUUGGCAGCAGGGGAGUUGAUAUCGAUAUUCUUACAGCCGCUUCUUAUGACUCUGCUUUGUAAACUUUGGCUGGAACGAUGUGGUGCUAAACUGUGGUGUUUUUAUUUUGCGUUGCUGUUGCAAGAUCUUGAGAUUGAGUAUAUCAACGAAAUACGACAAGCCAGUCCUUGUCUGUGUACGACAUGCAAAUGUGUACGACGGGAAAUAUGUGGUGCCGUACGUUUUGAAAGCACCGGUACGGCACACCCGUCGCGGACAUGUAUUUGCGAACUGUGUUGCGAUGGGCGAUACCCGACGCGCCGUGUAUGGGGGGUGCUACCGCAUGCGCUCUUCGGAUUGUUUGAUGAUGUUAUGCGCAUUUCGGGAUGCAAGACACGGAAAGACAACGGAUAUGGACGGACGGAGUUUGGGCACACGUAGCGUUUUGAUAUCGGAGAGGUGACCCAUGGUUCAGUGUGAAACCUCCAAAGGUGAACUUUCGCAUUAGCUAGGCUUGCUUUACCGCAACAGUGCCGUGUGAGCUACCUAAAAAAACAUGUAAGCUAG